CGGGCGAGCGAGCGGGAGCGAGGCGCCGCCUCCCCCUCCUCCUCCCCUCCUGCGGGAGGUUCCGCUAUCCGAGCCACCCCGGGCAGGAGGUUCUUGAACAUCCCCGAACGCCAUGCCGGGCUUGAGAUGUUCCCGAGCGCAUCAGAGGUGAGCUCAGCAUGAAGUAGCUUUUGACCUCACCUGUCAGGAUGACCAAAGCGCGUCUCUUCCGCCUUUCGGUGGUGGUGGGUUCCCUCUUCAUGAUUCUGCUGAUCAUUGUAUAUUGGGACAACGUAGGGACCGCUCACUUCUACCUGCACACCACGCUCUCCAGGCCCCACGGGGUGCUGCCCACAGUGGUUCGGGAGGACGGCCAAGGGUCUUUGUCAGAUGUCGAUGACUUCUUGGAGAACCUCCUGACUUCUGACCUAAAACAGAACGUCGAUCUUGGUCGGAAAACGGAAACGCCGCCCUUGCACGCCUCGAGCCGCCCCGUAGACGGCAACUUGGAAGAGAACGUCCGGGGCUACGAUUGGUCCACUCGUGAUGCCGGCCUGAUCCUGGACCAAAAGAAGCUGCAAGCAGAGAGGCGGAAGACCCUGCGGGAACUGUGUGCCAACUCCAGCUUUGCCUUCCCGACCAAGGAACGCUCAUUCGACGACAUACCCAACUACGAGCUCAACCACCUCAUUGUGGACGACCGCCACGGCGUCAUCUACUGCUACGUCCCCAAAGUAGCGUGCACCAACUGGAAGCGGGUGAUGAUUGUCCUGAGUGAGAGUUUGAUGGACCAGGGCGUUCCCUACGUUGACCCCUUGGACAUUCCCCGGGAACACGUCCACAACACCAGCACCCACUUCACCUUCAACAAGUUCUGGCACCGUUACGGCAAGUUUUCCCGCCAUCUCAUGAAGAUCAAGCUGAAGAAGUACACCAAGUUCCUCUUCGUCCGCGACCCCUUCGUCCGGCUCAUCUCGGCCUUCCGCAGCAAAUUCGAGCUGGAGAAUGACGAGUUCUACCGCCGUUUCGCCAUCCCGAUGCUGAAGCUGUACGCCAACUACACCAGCCUCCCGACCUCGGUGAGCGAGGCCUUUGGGGCGGGCUUCAAGGUCUCCUUCUCGGAUUUCAUCCAGUACUUGCUGGAUCCUCGGACAGAGAAGCUGGCCCCGUUCAACGAGCACUGGAGGCAAGUCUACCGCCUCUGUCACCCGUGCCAGAUCGAGUAUGACUUCAUCGGCAAGCUAGAGACACUGGAUGAAGACUCCGCUCACCUCUUGCAGCUACUCAAGGUGGACCACCUGCUCCGCUUCCCUCCCAGCUACCGGAACAGGACAGCCAGCAGCUGGGAGGAAGACUGGUUUGCCAAAAUCCCCGUGGCUUGGCGGCAGCAGCUGUACAAGCUCUACGAGGCGGACUUUGUACUCUUCGGUUAUCCCAAACCGGAAAGCUUGCUUAAAAACUGAACGAGAGGUUGCUGGGGGGGACAAGAGAGUAUUCAAAAUACCCAAAGAACCCUCUUUCUUUUUUUGCAGAAUAAGAACGUCCCUCUGCCUAUGUGGACAUACUUAAAUUGACGUACUUAAGGCUCAAUCAUAUGCAUGGUUAGACAGAAAAAAGGCCUGUAAUAUACGGCUGGCGUGCUGGGUGUUGUAGGCCUUUCUCUGUCUCUCUAAACAUGCGUAGGGUUACGCCCUUCAAAGGGUACCUUUUUUCCUACGGCAUUUCACACACCCUGUCGCUUGCUCGGAUGCAAGACAGCCGAACCACCCACUGAGGGGUUUCCUCUCCUCCUCGCCAGCCUCUUUGGUUUCCUUUCAGUGGAUCCUCUUGUUUUGCCGUUGGGAGAGAAGUUUGUCCAUUCCCCCGACUGUAUUCUUUUGGAUGCUUUUUACUAUUGCAUUUUCUAAAAAAAAAAACACCAAACAAAAACACAAAAACGAACGAACAAAAAACAAACAUGGAACGAAAAGAAAGAAUUAAUAUAUUAAAAAAUAUUUAAUACAAAUCCUGUUGUGGAAAAAGGAGAGUAAAAAGGACGCACCGUC